CCAGGUUUCCGUCACAUCUAGCAGGAGCAGCAUAGUUGGCACGGCAGGUUCGACUUGCAGGCUUCAAUCUCAGCCUGGUGAUCCGACAGAGACAACAUGGCCUUUUUCAGAAGCUUCAGUACAGAGUUCAGAUUUCUUCUCCUCGCCGCUCUCGCUCUCUGUGUGGCUUUUGUUCAGACAGAAACUGUGGCUGUGGCUUCUCCGACGGUACAGAGUGAAAAUCAGGGCACGUCAUCCGGAGACGAUGGAACAGAACUAGUCCAUGAGGUCACGACUAAAGACCCCACUGAAGACGUGGGACAAAACGGCUUCACUUUUAACUAUGAGAAGAAUCAGGAGUCUGAGAUUGUGGAGGAUGAAGGUGUCCUUGGCCCAGGUGCUAUCACAGCCAUCGUCAUUGCAGUGUUUCUCGGUGCCUCAGUUCUACUCGCCCUUGUUGUCAUCACACUCCGAAAGUUUACAGCCUCCUAGAGAAAGAUACCUUAAAUCUCUCUAACCCACAUAUGUUUGUACUUAGUCUUCAUCUUUCCCCUUGCUAUGGUAUAUUUUAUGACCUCGUUUACACCUUGACUGUUCAUGCAUCUUGUAUCUCAAUUUUCGUAAUUUUUUUUGCCACAUGCGUUUACGCCUGCACUCAAAUGAAAGUCCGGUUAGCCAGACUAAGACCUGAUUUCUGCAUCACAAGUUCUAUACAAAUACCCCAUGGUAAUUUGAUUCGCAAGAUGCAUGAACUAAACAUCUGUAAAUAAGAAUUAUGGCAUUGUUUUACCGUAAG